AUGGCAUCAUUAUUAGAUGAUGAAGAUGAAUUGAUACAAUCAGGUGAUGAUAGUUUUAUUGCGACUACUACUGCGGUCAGUACAACUGCUCUAUCACAUCAUUCAUCUGAUACUGCCAAUGGUCAUGGCCACAAUAACAUCUUUGUCAUAAAUGCCAUGGAUGACAAUGAUAUAUUGAUAGAUACAUCCUCUUCUACAACUACGACAACGACGACCACUACGACUACAACCAUGACUAGUUCAAUAACACCACCAAUUCAACAAAUACAAAUGUCAGAUACCGCUGAUACUAUCAUUAAUAGUACUGCAACUACUAAUCAGAUACCUACAACAACAACAAGUGAAUUAACAAAAUCAAUGACACACAGUAAUAAUAAUAAUAGUAUUAGUAUAAGUAGUAGUAAUAGUGAUGUAUCAUCAACAUGUUCAUCACCAUCUAUUUAUUCAAUGGCAUCAAUACCAAUUCUUAAUCCCAAAUCUAAAACGAUUGUUAUGGGUCGUAAAGUAUCAAAUGCAAAUCAAAUGCCACUUGCCGAUUCUUCAUCCAUUCCAAUUUCAAUACCAACGUCAUCGACGUCAUCAUCAACAAUGACAACUACUUCAAUGAUGAUGAUGAUGAAUGGUGAACCAAUGUCACCAUCUGGGAAAUCAUAUAAUCAACAGAUUGGAUCUAUAGAUACACCACUUUUACAAAAGAUGCAUCAUUCAGGAUUGACAACCGAUGGUUUAUCAUUGUCUGCACCCAAUACAAAUACUCCAACUUCACCUUUUUUGCCAUCAACGAGCAAUGGCAACAAUCAUCAACACAAAUUAUCUUCAUCGUCCAUUUCAGUCAUGACAUCACCAAACUCUAUUGGAUUGUCAGUUUCACCACCCGUAAAUCAUCCAUUCAACAAAUCACCAACAUUGGCUGCAUUUUCAUUAAACAAUUCACCCGAUGUAUCAAGAAGAAAAGGCUCACUAUCUGUACAUAACAACAACAAACAAUUUAUGGAUCCACAAAAUCUUACCAGUGGCUCAUCCACUACUAAAAAGCCAUUACGAUCACCCAUCCUUUCAAGUUUUCAACAACAAUUAAAAGACAAGGAAAAGGAAAAAUCAAAAGAUGGAUCAACCCAAGAAAAGCAGGGUUCAACAGGUGAAAAGGUUAUGAAUUUUCUUGGUAAAAUGUCUCUUUCAAAAGAAAGAAUGGGUAAAUUGGUUCAACAAUCAAAAGAAAAUUAUAAACAUUCAAAUAUUCAAAAUCAACAAUCAAAUCAACAAAUUAAUGUACCAUUUGAAGGUAUAUUUGGAAUACCAUAUCGUGUAAUUUUAAGAUAUCAAAAUGAAGUUGGUAAUCAAAUACCAUCAAUACUAUGUAACCUAUUUAAUAUUUUAGAGACUAGUACUUCUCUAUCAACACCAAAACUAUUUAGUUUUGAAGUUGACAAGAAAGAAUUGGAUAAUGUCGUACUACUUUUUAAUCAAAAUCAAGAAGUCAAUCUCAAAGCAUACGAUGUCCACAUGAUUACAGAAUUAUUAUUGGAAUUUUUUUAUCGUGCUCCAGAACCAAUUAUUGGUAUAGAAUUUUAUGAAACUCUUUUAAAUUAUUAUCAAACUGAAACAUUAUUACAUUUAAUGAUAAGAAAAAUGAAUGCACCAAAUAAGUUUAUAUUAUUUAGAUUGAUAAAAUAUUUAAAAGAUGUAUUGGUAUAUAGUAAUUUUAACGAAACGACAUUGGAAAUGAUAGUAUCAAGAUUCCAUUUAUUUAUUCUAAGACCGGCAUUGGGAACAUUGUCACAGACAUUGUCUACGAUUACCGAUGCACACCGAAACAUUAUAAAGGAUAUUGUUCUCUUGUUUAUUCAACAGGCAGACACGCUAUUCCAAACACCCGAAGAACGUUCAAUAUCAGAGGAAUCGUUGAUCCUCUAUGUUGAAGAGGUGACUGCCAAUCAAAAAAUGUCCUCUACCAGUGCUGGAAACAUGUGGAUAUUUCAAAAACAAAUGGUUUGGCGUCCAAAGACUAGUCCAAAUGGUGAUCAAGAUUUGGUACUGCCAUUUAAUAAUAUCUUGAAAAUUCAACUCAGUGGUGGUCAACAACAAACGCAUCCAUCAUUGAAUAGUAGUGGUAGUGGUAUUAGUACUAGUGGUGGUAGUAUUAGUGGUAAUACCUCCCCUCUACCACUCAAUUCCAGAAUGCUACCAACUUUUACCAUCUAUUGUACAAGUGAUAUCAAAUCAAUCAUUACUUUUGGUUUUCAAAAUAUAUCAACCUGUAAAUUGGUUUAUUGUUUUGUAAAUAAUAUUACAAAAAAUUUAACCAUUACCAAUAAUCAACAAAAAAUCUCUACAAAAUUGGACAUGUAUCAAUUAGAUCUUGAUAAUUUACCAAUUGAAAUUAAACAAUUAUCAAAAAAUCUUCAAGAAUUAAAUUUAAAUAGGAAUAAAUUUAAACAAUUACCAGGAGAUUUGGCAAGAUUAAUUAAUUUAAAAACAAUAAGUAUGGAAGAAAAUAAUUUGGUAGAAAUUACAUCUGAAAUGUCGGAAUUUUUAGGCAAUCAUAUGAUAUCAUUGGAAAAUGUUAGUUUUAGUAAUAAUCUUUUACAAUCAAUACCAUCAUUACAAACUUGGAAGAAAUUAAAAACUUUAAAUAUUUCAAAUAAUCGUUUAAAAUCUUUACCAAUCGAUAUUUUUCAAUUACCAAAUAUUGAAGUAUUAAGAGCAUCAAAUAAUUUAAUUGAAGAUGAAGGUAUACCAAAAGUAUUAUCAAGUUCAAAAUUAAGAUCAUUGGAUUUGAGGGGAAAUAGAUUAAAGACUAUAACCGAUGGUAUAGUUAAUUUGGUAGAAUUACAAAUAUUGACACUGCAAGACAAUCAAAUUGUAGAGCUUCCAUCUAGUAUACAAAAACUAUUUAAUCUAUUGGAAUUGAAUUUGAAUAAUAAUCAAAUUCAAACACUUCCACCACAAAUACUAUUGUUGACCAACCUCAAAAAACUUUAUCUCGAUAAUAAUCAAUUGUCAUUGAUAUCAUCUGCCAUUCAUCGUAUGCAAUCUCUUACAGAGUUGCGUCUGUCUAAUAAUAAUAUUGCAAGACUUCCACCGGGUAUUGUUGCACUAAAGAAAUUGGUUUCACUAGAGUUGGCAGGUAAUCGUCCACUAAAGGAUAAUAUACCUGAACGUUAUAUUAUUCGUGGCAAGGAAGGUAUAUUUAGUUACUUUUCAGAGACGAUGAGAGCCAAUGUUCCAUGUUACAAGACGCGUAUUGUCAUGGUUGGCAGCAAGUCGAGUGGUAAGACGAGUCUUGUCAAAUGUCUACGAAAACAACCCAAGAGUCAGGUGCAAGCAAUCACUCCCACCAACGUAUUGGAUAUUCACGAUUGGCAGUGUCCCAUUGCUAUCGACCACGACAAUGGAAAGAAAAAGAAAAUGGUGACGAUUCAUUUUUGGGAAUUUGAAGGAUUGACACACGAUAUUUCACACAUUUUCUUUGUUCCCAACAUUCUCUAUACCAUUGUCAUUAAUAUUGGUCAUUUUAUCAACCCAACCAAUCACCAACCCAUCGACCAUACAACUCAAUUCAACAGUCAUUUUAAUCAAGUCAUUACCUUUUUAAAUCGAAUCUAUCUAAAAGAUAGAAAGGCUCAAGUGUUUAUAGCUGCAACACACAUUGAUCAAUGUCACUCUAAAAAGGUAAUGGAAAAGUCUGUCGAUAGACUUUUAUUUGAUCUUAAAUGUUUCUUUCCAACUCUGGUCAUUAGUAUCCAUCCAGUUUGUCCUACCAAACCAGAUGGUGAUGGUAUUAGUCGAUUGAGACGUGAAAUCAAAUCGGUCAUUUCAAAAAAUCCAAUCCUAAAACAAACCUAUCCAACAUCGUUUAUGUUUUUCCAAGACUAUCUAUUGGAAGAAGCCAAUAUUAUGCAACCACCAUUGGUCACUAGAAAGAAUUUAAUUGCAAUGGCCAAAACCAUGGAUCUAGAUACAGAACCUCAUUUCACUCAACUCAAAUCACUCUUUAAUAGUUUGGGUUCAAUUACAAGUUUUGAACAAUUCAUUCGUCUAGAACCUGGUGUCUCUCCAACUCGUACCGAAAUUAUUUGUCUAAAUCCAAUUUGGCUUUCAAAAUCUAUUCACCUUUUAUUAUCUUUUAAAAACAAUCAACAAAUGGUUUUACAAUCUGAAGAAAAAAUUGGAAAUUUAAUUCAUGGUAUUUUAUCUCAUAGAGUUUUAAGAUUUAUUUGGAAUCAAAAUUCUCUUUAUCCUGUACCAGAAAGAUUCUUUUCUUUUCUCCUUAGUAUUUUGGAAGCAUCGGAUUUAUUAAUUAAUAUCUAUCAAUUUGAUCAAAGUCAAAUUAAUAAUAUUAAUAGUAACAGUAAUAAUAUUUCCUCAGAUUCAAGAAGAUUAAGUACAAUAAUGAAAUUUACAUCAGAUUUGAAGGUUAGAAAUGGUAGAUCAAAUUCAUUUAAUGCAAGAUUGGGAUGGAUUUUAAUUUCAAGUCAUAUGUUGGUUUAUCCUACCACUCCACUACCAGUACCAUUUGAACAUGAAGGUAUUUGGGAAUCAUUCCCAAAAAAGGAUUCUGGUGUCAUUCAAUUUUCAAGACAUUAUGUAUUGGAUUUUAUACCAAAUGGUCUGUUUGGUCGGUUGAUAUCAAGAUUGAUGCAAAUUUGCAACUUGGUCAAAUGUUGGAAAAAUAUUGCCAUUUUUUCCUAUGAACAACAAAAUGAAAGAAUAUUGGUUCAAGUCGAUUGCAACACUAUUCAAAUCACUACAAGAUUUGUUCAACUAUCAUCACUUUCCUAUCAAAUCUUUGAUAUUAUGGAAUCUUUGGUUUCAAAAUAUUACAAGGUUGGUUAUCAUACCAUGAUUGUUUGUAGUCAUUGUACUGCCAAUCAAGUUACCACCCCCUAUCUAUUUAGAUUAGAAGAAUGUGAAUCAAGUUUAAUCAAAGGUGAUAACAUUGUCUAUUGUCAACAUCAUAUAAAGGCAACUUUAAAAACUAGUAUUUCAAAUAAUAAUAUUAAUCAAAAUAAUAAUAAUCAAAAUAAUACUUCGUCUUCAUCAUUACCAACAACAAUUUCUCGAAAAGAUUCAAAAUCAUCAUUAUUUAGAAGAGAAAGUAAAGAUUUAAUAGUAAUUGAACGUAAAGAAUCAAAAGAUCAAUUUCAACAACAACAAUUACUACAAAGAAGGACAUCAGACAUGUCAAUGCCAGUACCAAUUAAAUCUCUAUUAUUGGAUCAUUCAAUGGUAAUUGAUUUAUUAAAAGAAAUUGAUUUUAAAUCUAUUGAAUUUAUUCAAGAAUUGGAAGAUGGUAGUAAUAGUAGUAGUAGCGGUAGCGGUAGCGGCAACAGUAACGGUGGUAAUAGUCAAAAUGAUCAAUAUGUAAUUGGAAAUACAAUACUUUCAACUAGUAGUAAAAUGGGAAUGCUUGGAAGUUCAACAUGUAUCAAUGUUAAAACUUUUAAUACUCCUUCUAUUUUAAUUCCUCCACUUUUACAUCAACAACAACAACAACAACAACAUUCUUCAAAUAUUUGGUGCAACAAGAUUAAUCAUUAUUUUAGACAUGAAGCUCUUUCAUUGUAUACAUUUAGACAUCCAAAUAUCCUAUCAAUCAUUGGUUAUUCUUUAAAUCCUUUGGCUAUUAUUACUGAAAACCCUACAUUUGGUAACAAGGCUAGUACAUUAUUGUCUGAAUUUAUUUUGGAUCGUCAACGUUUUCCAGAAAUUCCUUGGAGAUUAAAACUUAAAAUCUCUCUAGAUAUUGCUCAAGCUAUGAAUUAUCUUUCUUGUCAAUCUCCUCCUUUUAUUUUAACUAAUCUUUCUUGUUUUAAUAUUAUUUUGGAAAAAUCAGAUAAUAUAGAAUCAGAAGGAAUAAUUGCAAAAUUAUCAGAUUUAUCAAAUCUAUCAAUUUUACCAUCAUUAUUUCCAAUUGAUACGUCACCAAAAUCAUGGCAAGCACCUGAAAUUUUAUUAAGAACAGAUUAUCAUGAAUUAACAGAUGUUUAUUCAUUUGGUAUUAUUCUUUAUGAAUUAUUAACAAGAUCAAUUGCUUUUCAAGAUCAAGAAAGAUUUUCUAAUUUAGUAAUAAAUGGACAAAGACCAACAAUACCAACAGAUUGUUUACCAUCAUAUGGAGAUUUAAUUAAAGAUUGUUGGAAUGGGGAUCCAUUAAAUAGACCAACUUUUUUGGAUAUUAUGAAUCGAUUGGUAUUGAUUAAAAAGGAAUUGGAGAGUAAAGAAAAUAAUUAUGGAUCACUUUCAUCAGACAAUAAUAUCUAUUCAAAUCUUCCACUACCAAGUGGAGGAUCAGUCAUGUAUGGAGACAGUCUCUAUCACUAUGGUGGUUGGAUGGGUGGUAGUUCAAAGCCACAUUCCAACGUCUAUGUAUUGAAUCUAAAGUCUAUGAUUCUCGAGGAAAAGCUAUCGGUCGUCUUGGCCAACAAACAAGAUCCAACCUAUAAUGCCUUCCAAAAACACAUGCAAUCGGAAUUUAACGAAGAGAAUCUACUAUUUUAUGAAGCCAUUCGUAAUUUUAGACACUUGCCCGAUGCCACCACCCAAGACCGAGAAGUCAUUCGAAAUACUGCCAUUAAAAUCUAUAAUGUAUUUAUUGGUGAAAACGCUCCCAAAGAAAUCAAUCUACCUUUUGCUCUCAAACAAGAUUUGAAAAAAAGUAUUUCAGAAUAUCAACAAAUUGAACAACAAUUAUUAUUACAAGGAGGAAAUGGACAACAACAACAAGGAAAUGGACAAUUAUCACCAAGUAUUAUUGGUAUUACAAAUAUUAUUUCAGUUAAUAUAUUUAAUGAUACAAUGGGAUAUAUUUUAUCAUCGCUAGAGGAUAGUUUUCAUCGAUUUAAAUUUAAUUCUCCUGCCAAUAAUACAUCGACUGCCAAGAAUGGUUGGCAAAUACUACAAUGUGCAAAGAGCAAGUUUACUCCUCCACCUACUGUUGGUCACUCUAGUUUGCUUUGGAAAGAUAAUCUAGUGGUACUUGGUGGUUGGUUUGAUGGAUCACGUAAUUUGAAUCAAAUCUAUAUGUUGUCACUUUCAAAAUUGGAAUGGACAAUGCGUAAUUGUACAGGUGACAUUCCUCCCUCUUCUCAAGAUGCUCUCAACGCUACUCUGAGUGGUGAUUAUAUCAUACUCUACUAUGAAAGAGCAAAACAUCAAAUAUUUAGAUUGGAUUUGGAUACUUUUAAUUGGAUUAGUAUUAAAUUGAAAAAUUAA